GAUAGAUAGUAGGAUAGUCAACUAGACAGGGAACAGAGUUUAAUCCCUGUGCAGAAUAUAACUAUCUGAGGAUCAAUAUAUUGAACUGUGUAAACAUGUUUUUAACUAAAAUCUGCGCACACUGAUUCUUGUUUUUAACUUUACAGUCGGGGUUACAAAACAUAGCACUUGGUAUAGAAUCUCUCCCUCUAUCAUUAUCCUCCCUCCCACUACCCGCCUCGCCCCCUUUCCAACCUGACCCCCCUCCCCUCCCCUCCUCACAAAGUACCUGUUGUUGGAAGAACGGCUCGGUCAACUAUACUCAUGGUAUUAGAUGGGUAGUGUGAGGGGAAGGGGGGAUACUCCCUCCCGGCCAGUCGUCCCCCCGCCCCGAGCAAGCUCUGCGCCCCCCGCGGCAACGUGAGUACCCACCUGCCCGCAGUUAGGUUGAGACUGGUUUUGGUGAGUGAGCUGCAGAGCGCCUCAAGGUGUUUACAAACCAUAUCCUCGGGCAGUAGAGAACAUGUCUGCAGCCUCACACCUCUCUAACCUUCCCGUCCUCGCUAGGAGGUCAGUUGAACUCCCUCCGGAGGCAAGAGGUCAGGGGGAGCAUAGGUCAAGUUUGGAAACAACAUCUCAUCAGCAAAUAAUAAAGCGUGUAGGAGGGGGAGCAGGGAUGAAUAGUGUACAAUACGUCCUGGUUGGAGAAAACGGCCAGAUCACAGCUCUGCCAAGAGCGGAGAAUCUGCAGAAUAUGGUCAGGACGGAGGGGUUUGGAGUUUCCAGAGCUGAGAACGUGACAUUGUUCAAUAGACCGGAUCAAGUUAAUCUACAGGAGAAACAGGGAAGAUUUGAACCUCAGAAUCCACAGGAGAAGAGUAGAGCAAUGGAUACAGAAUCUAGUGGUUCAGCAGAAUCUGAAGAUGAGGAUCGUAUUGGCUCCUUAGCGUCUGCAAGCUCUCUCUCUUCUUCAACAAGAGUUAGUUUAUCAGAGUUCCAAUCCCCAUACUUUCCUCCCUUCUCACAGAGCGAUGUAUUCGCAUCCCUCCCAACCCUUACCUCACCCCUCCCCUCCUCAUCCACCCUCACCCUUCAACCCUCAGAUUUCCAUGUGGUUAGUUCAACCCUACAAACCUUUCAACAGCGAGCAUCAGGGAUUCAAACCUCAUCUCCGGUUAUUCUGACAACCGUCUCCUCUCCAACAUUCUCUUACGACUCCGUCCGACGAGAGCUGGCAAAUAGGACGGAACUUAUCUCCAGGACCUCGCUGGACUCACAUCUAGUCUCCAGGUCUUCCUUGGACUCCCAGGACUCCAUCACACAUUCCCUGUCUAGCCCCGUACACCAGGAGGACCAGCAUAUGGAGGAAGAGUUUAUCAGGGGUAGGGAUAUCAGCAUGAAGGAGAAUAUGAUGAUGGCUGCUCUACCAAACGAUAUUUUUUGCUCAGUUCCAGGUCGUCUUUCUCUCCUCUCAUCAACUUCGAAAUAUAAGGUUACAGUUGCUGAGGUACAACGUCGGCUCUCUCCCCCAGAAUGUUUAAAUGCGUCGCUGCUAGGUGGCGUUCUUAGAAGGAGCCAGAAACUACUUUUUAAGUUACUUUGCAACAGCAAUCAGGAACCACACAUAAAUGGGGAGGCGAUCCACCUGGCCAGAGACUUCGGUUACGUGUGUGAGACAGAGUUCCCAGCCCGGCAGGUUGCGGAGUAUCUGACAGGACGGAGUACGGAUAUUGCAGAGCAGUAUCGGAGAAAAGAAUUGUUGGUUGCAACCAAGUUGGUCACAAAGGAGUUGAUGGAUCUAUUGAACCAGGAUAGAUCUCCUCUCUGCAACACCCGUCCUGCAAUCAUCCUAGAUCCUAGUAUACAGAGACAUCUAACCCAUUUCUCCAUGAUUACACACGGUUUCGGUUCUCCAGCUAUAGUUGCUGCUCUUACGGCUAUCCAGAAUUACUUGAGUGAGAGUUUGAAAUGUCUGGAUAAGAGUAUCCCUAACAGUUCUCUACCCCUCCACCACCACCUGGACUCUAAAUCAAGUCUGGAGACAAAACUGCUCAUCAAUUCUCACCUCAACUCCCUUGACAAGAAAUCAUAAACUGCUUUGGGUCCAGGUCCAGCUCUAGGCCUGGUCCAUGUCAAGCCUUAGGUCUAGGUGUAGUAGGGAAAAGUACUGUAAAGUGUACUGCAGUGCCCUAGAUGAAUGUAAACAAACUCAGUUGUAUCUACUGUGAGGAAUAUAAACACUGCAGUACAGUUAAGAAUGCCCUGAGCAAGGUUAUAAUUCAAGGAAAGUUAUUUCAGAGGU